UUCGUUUUUAUGACGUCACGGCUGCGCUGCGCUAUUCAGUGGUUCCGAUAUUCGUCUUCAAGCAAUCCUCCAAGUAGGCGUUGCAGCAAAUAUCACCACGAUCCGAAAGACACGGUUGUUUCUUAAUUCUGUGUAUUAUUCUUCGUUUAUCCGACACUCCAACUUGAUAUCCUAAUUGAGAAUGACAACGUUUUUCGCAUAUAGUAGCUUUUCUUUUAUUGUGCUAACGCUUUGGACGUGUUUCGAGGUACGAGGCUCAACAGCUGAAAACCCACGAAGACGACGAUUUUACAAAGAUGCCCAAUUCACAGCCAUUCAAAAUUAUUCCCUUCGCAAUGUCAUUAUAGACUUCAAGUUUGUGAAGAAUUCAAUAGGCUGUGUUCAAGCAUGUUUGGAACAUCCAGGAUGCAUCUCGGUCAACUUCAAUACUCAGGGCAAUCCCAACCACCUUUGCGAGCUCUGCAACCAAACUCUUUACUCGACCAAAGACGAGAAUAAAAUAACCAAAGCAAGGUACACUUAUUUGUGGCCUCAAUAUCCUUCAAUUUGUUCUGAAUCUCCAUGUCAAAAUGGAGGGAACUGUUCUUACGUAUACGACGAUAAGUUGGGUGUAGUCCUCGAUUAUCGGUGCAGCUGUCAUCCAUACACAAGCGGCCGUCAUUGUGAGAAUGGACCGUUUCGGUCGUGCCAAGACAUCAUAAACAAUACAGGAGAUCAUGAGCUGGAAGAUGGAGUGUAUUCUUUGCUUUUGGACUCGACAGCCGUGGAGGUCAUGUGUCACAUGAAAAACAUUCCCGGCUGUAGCAAGAAAGGUUGGAUGCCUGUCAUGAAAACAGACCCCCACGAGGACACAUUUGCCUACCAUUCAAGCUACUGGUCAAACAAGGUCGCUUACAACGUUUCAGCAGGUAAAACAGGUUUUGAUAACUACGAAACAAAGCUACCAACCUACUGGACGGUUCCAUUCAAGGAACUCUGUGUCGGCUUCAGGGUUGGCGAGAGCACUAAAUUCACCACUAUUCCUUACCAAGCGACCUCGCUUUAUGACGUUGUCGCUGAUGGAAUCGAGAGAAGAUUUACUAUUGGGAGAAAAGCUUGGAAGUCACUGAUUCCAGGCGCAUCGCUGCAACGUGAUUGUGAAUUGGAGGGAUUCAAUUUGAAAGCGCCAAGAGGACGGAUGUUGCGCCUUGGGAUUAUUGCUGACCACAUCGACAGUAGCUCCCCUUGUACUGGUGGUCCUGACAGUUUCUUGGGCUUCGCUAUGGAAAAGUUUCCAGCAGCUUCUUUUCAACACGGCAAUAUGUGCCAUCAUAAGUCACGCCAUUGUGAUACCAAUACUUUGGAAUAUAUUCCUGCAUUCGGGUAUAUACUCGUUCGUUGAUUAACAGCAUGUCCAUGAACAUAUGUCACGCCAUUGUGAUACCAAUACUUUGGAAUAUAUUCCUGCAUUCGGGUAUAUACUCGUUCGUUGAAUAACAGCAUGUCCAUGAACAUAUGUCAAGCUAUUGUGAUAGCAAUACUUUGGAAUAUAUUCCUGCAUCUGGUCGUUCCAUUCAUGUUUUUUUACAUUAAAUUACUUUGCAUGUUGUAAGAUUUAUCCUUUUCGUGUGCAUGUUACUGUAACGAUAUUCAGCAAAGAAAAAAUGUAUUCUUGUUGGUAUUCUGGCAUUUUCGUCGUUACCACUAAAUAAAGUUCUGACUUGCAGCUUUUGGCUGCUUGAACAA